GAAUAAGCGCAUGGUGUAAACGUAGCCCAUAUCAUUUGAUCGGUUGGCGGAGGUCGUGUGAGAAUUUUGCAACUGCAAAAAUAGGUUUCUGAAUUGAAUAUUUUGGACUGAAGGAAAGUUAAGGACGAUAAGGAUUUGAUUCGUCUAACGGUACAAGAUCUCGUGAGAUUUUAUUUAAUUUCUAGUUCUGCUAGGCGACGGUACGGUAACGUAAGCUAGUUAACCUAAAAGUGAUACAGACGAAGACUACAAAUCCCCCCCCCCGUAAUAACGGGGGGAAUUUGGUUUCCUAUUGAAUAUGGAUUCCACAACAAAAGGCGUUCAAAAAGAAAUUAUGAAUUGGUCUGCAGUUACAAACAAUAAGAGUAUUUCCAGAAGGAUAAUAAAUGGUCCAUUCACUAUUUGGAUUCAGCCUGACUGCAACAACGACAAGGAAAAACAAAAAUCACUUCAAGUAAGCCCAUAUAAAGUUGGUAAUCUGAUCUGCAAAAAGUAUCAUAGCAUAGAUUACAUAAGCAGCAAAUCUAAAUCUCGGGUCGAAGUUAAUUUCAAGAACACAAAGGAGGCGAACCAAUUAAUAGAUGAUCCUAUACUAAAAGUCAACAACUUGAAAGUAUUCAUCCCGAGUUUUAGAUUAACAAGAAGAGAUCUCAUUAAAGGUAUUGAUGAGGAUAUUAUAGAGGAGGAGAUCCUUAAGGAAUUGGAAUCAGAGUUCCAAAUCUUGAGAGUUAGAAGGCUAAAUAAAAGAAAUCGAGAUCCUAAUAAACAGGAAGGCGACCCGAAAUGGAUGGCAAACAAAUCUGUUGUCAUCACAUUUUCUGGUCAGAAUUUGCCCACCGUAGUAUAUCUAUAUAAAAUCUAUAUAAAAUCAUUGAGGUCGAGCCCUAUACGAUCCUUUCCAUCAUUUGUUGCAACUGCUUCAAACUAGGACAUACUGGAUCAAUUUAUAAAAAAUGAGGCUAAAUGUAGUAUGUGCGGCGAGAUCAAACAUCAGGGUAACUGUCUUCACGGUUUUGCUAUCUGUUCCAAUUGCCAAGGAGAUCAUAUAUCAUCAAAUAAAAAUUGUCCUAUAUUUAGGAAGGAAUACGAAGUCAAGAGAUUGAUGGCUUAUGAAAACAUAGUGAUGUUAGAAAAAUGGUUUUUAAUCACCCAAAGAAGAAAUUUAAACCAGGUCCUAAGGAAUUUCCAAAUCUUCAAAGUAAACCUUUUAUUCCAU